AUGCUGUGCAUUGAUGGGCUCACUUACAUUUUGGAAAGACAAGAAGAAAAGACAGCAAAAACACAGGGAAACUGCUUCUACAUUACAUCCACCUGUUGGACACUAAUCAAAGAAAAAGCUGAUGCAAGAACAAACUUAAUCAACGAAAAGCUGAAAGAACUGGACAAAGUUAUCGACAUAAAUGGUGUUGCAUUCUACAAAUAUCUCAUAUUCCCGAUGAAUUCAAUGGGAGGCAGAAAAGUGAAAGCUCCUGACCAUUGGACUCUUCUGGUCUACGAUACUUCCAAGCAACAAUGGAUGCACUACAAUUCUUUGACAAAGCCCAAGAAAAAGAAGGAUCCUUACUUGACAGAUGCCUCCAUUGUGAGUACGUGGAAGAACAAAUGA